AUGCCUACUGACGAUAUAGUAUAUCCACAAGGCUGUAGGCCUAUUUCUGAGGAUUUGGGUCCUGAUGAGUUAAUUAGGAGACUCAAGACUCUGGCACAUACAUUACAAGCAAUGGCUCAAGAUGAAGAGGGACAAUUACAACAGUAUGUUCCAUUAUCAUUACACCUUGCAGAAGAGUCAUUCAUGCAUCAUUCAUCGAGGGAUGUUCAACUUUUAAUAGCUUGUUGCAUUGCUGAUGUGUUGAGAGUUUACGCUCCUGAAGCUCCGUACAAAGACCCGGAACAAGUCAAGACAAUUUUUAUAUUUUUAAUUAAUCAACUAUCCGGGUUACAAGAUCCUAAAGAUCCGGCAUUUAAAAGAUAUUUUUAUUUGCUUGAAAAUUUGGCUUAUGUAAAAAGUUUUAAUAUGUGUUUCGAAUUAGAAGAUUGUCAAGAAAUUUUUUGUAGACUUUUCCAGUUAAUGUUUCAAAUAGUAAAUGAUGAACAUUCGACUAAAGUUAAGUCAUUUAUGUUGGAUGUUCUUAGUCCUUUAAUCACGGAAAGUGAUGUAGUUUCAAAUGAAUUAUUAAAUAUAAUUUUAAUUAAUAUAGUUGAACCUAAUAAAUCUAGUAGAAAAAAUGCUUAUUGGUUAGCCAAAGAACUCUUGUUAAAAUGCAGUAACACUUUGGAACCUUAUAUACAAGUGUUUUUUAAUAAUGUUUUAAUAAUGGGAAAACAGGAAAAAGAAUUAGAAAUAUGUUCAAAAGUUUAUGAUCUCAUAUAUGAAUUAUACCACAUUUGUCCAUCGGUUUUAUUAGCCGUUUUGCCUCAGUUGGAAUGCAAAUUAAAGAGUUCAUUAGAAUCCGAACGAUUAGCUGCUGUUGCAUUGCUUGCUAGAAUGUUCUCUGAGAAAGAUAGCACGUUAGCAAGGCAUCAUACGCCACUUUGGAGAGCUUUUUUAGGAAGAUUUAAUGAUAUUUCCGUUAAUAUUCGCAUCAAAUGCGUACAAUAUUCAAUGCAUUUUUUACUAAAUCAUCCGGAAUUACGAAGAGACAUGACUGAAACAUUAAAGUUAAGACUUCACGAUGCGGAGGAAAACGUUCGGUUCGGUGUUGUUAUGGCAAUUGUAUCGACUGCGAAGAAAGACUGUGAAGUGGUUAGUUCCAGUGAAGAUCUACUGGAACUAGUUAAAGAGCGUACAUUAGAUAAAAAGUUCAAAAUUCGUCGGGAAGCAAUGUCAGGCUUGGGUCUUAUUUACAAAAAUCAUUUGAACAGCUCGGAUGUUCCUCAGGCAACAAAGAAGGCUGUGACUUGGAUUAAGGAUAGAAUACUUCAUGGUUACUAUUUACAAAGUAACGAAGAUAGGCUUCUAGUAGAAAGGCUACUAAAUACGGAUUUGGUAUCUUAUCAAUUGCCACCGGAAGAGAGAAUGAAAAGACUAUAUCAUUUAUUAGGAACCGUUGAUGACAACGCUUUAAAAGCAUUUAUCGAACUUAAAAAAAGUCAGCUCGUCGCCCGAAGAAUCGUAUCCGAGUUUUUGGAACUUCAUUAUAGGCCGGAAAGCGAGGAGAGGAAUCAGGAGAUCAGUGUGAAAAUUUCACAAGUUUCAAAAUUUCUUCCCGAUCCGGUAAAAGCUCAAGAAUACAUAGUCAAACUUUCAAAUAAUUUAUUAAAUCAACCGGAACUCCUUCAACAACUUUCCAAAUUAGUUCGACCGGAUAUCAGUUGUAGAGAAUCAAUUCACAUAACCGGAGUCCUGAUUAAAUCAUUAGGAAAUCCUAUUAUGACUAAUUUAUAUUUUAAUACUGUUAAAAUGUUAUUAGAAAGAAUAUCGUCUGUCAUGAUCGAUAGCGUAGCUUUGGAACAUCUCAUUGGCUACGUGGAAGAUUGUUUAAAAGGUGGGAAUAGUAUCGAAGAAAUCGGUCUUAAUCCUAGCACGGCUGGAGAGAGAGGCGUCCGAUUGAUUCAGAUUUUAUCGUUUGUUUAUCCUGCUCAUUAUUUAAAUUUAAAUGUACUAAAUGCUUUAAUGCGACUUUUGGAAAUGGAAGAUGAAAGUGUGGCUCCUUGGAUUUUGUCCGCUUUGACUUUUGUAGGAAAAUAUAAACCUUUGGGUGAAGUUUUCCCCGAAUUCAUGGAAAAAUUGGUGCCUACCUUACGAAAAUUUAUCGAAGAGGGAACGCCGAAACAAUCAAAGCAAGCUGUGAGAUGUCUUCAUAGAAAUUUGCUGCCCGAAAAGCACGAUUUAUUCAAAGACAUUUUCGAAGUGCUUAAAAAAAAUUUAGAACCGAGCAGUGAGCAUUACUUAACGGCUAUCGUCGCUCUGGGUCACAUCGCUUACAAUUUACCCACAUUAUUUCCAUACCAUAUAAAAAACAUUAUUUCGCGUAAAAUUGUGCGAGAGCUAUUAGUGGUGGACAGUUCGGAAUCCAGGUACGAUCCCUCGGAAGAACCGUGGUGUAGUGAAAGUGAAUUGGAUUUUACAACGAGAUGUAAAUUAGAAGGAAUGAAAACUAUGGCGAGGUGGCUUUUGGGUUUGAAAGAAGACGUCGUGUCGGCGCAAAAAACUUUCCGCAUGUUAAACGCGUUCAUAACGAGUUGCGGAGAUUUGACAGGUCAAAAUAAAUUGAGCAAAGCGGAAAUGUCUUGGCUGAGACUCAGAGCCGGGUGCGUCAUGCUCAGGAUAUCCGAGCAAAAGGGUGUCGGAGAUCAAUUCAACGCGGAACAAUUUUACGAUUUGUCUCAUCUCAUGGUGGAUGAAGUUCCGCAAGUUCGGGAAAUUUUCUCAGCAAAACUACACAAGGGAUUAAGUCAACCUCUUCCCGGGAGGUGUUUGCCUCUUGAUUUCAUGGGAAUAUACUCUCUGGCUGGAUUGGAACAAGAUAAGAAAUUGAAAGGUUGCAUAAAGAAAAUGAUGGUGUCGGAUAUUUGCAAGAGGAGAGAAUACGCGAAAAGUUUGACGUUUUCAACGACGGGAAGUAAAGUUGAAAAAGCAAUGGCUCAACUCCCCGCCAUUUUACCAGACUACAUGCUUACAUUUGCUAUACCAGUUUUGGCACAUUUGCCCGAAUUCACGGAUCCGAACGAAUUUGAACAGUUGAAACAAAUGCGAAACUGUUUGUGGUUUAUACUAGAACCUCUGAUUACAAAAAAUGAUCUCUACAGCUUCAGCUUUUAUAAAAACAUGAUUGAAAGAAUGAAAAAUCAAAAGGACGCCGUGAAACCGGAUGACGCUACGAUGAAUUACAAAUUAUGGGCGCUUUGCGAUUUGGCAAUGGCACUCAUCCUAUCGAAAACGACAAAUUUCGAUUUAAAAGAAUUUUCGAGCGAAGUUCGGAUUCCCACGAUGUAUUUUAAACCUCACGAAAAUCCGUUAUUCAAUAACAACGUUAUUUACAUACCGCAAGAACUUCAGUAUCAGCCCAAUAAAAACAAACAAAAUUUGAUAACGACGGGUACGAAAAGAACGUUAAAAUCGAAUAAAAAAGUAAGUCCUCCCGUUACGGAAAAUUCUGGAAUCGACAACAAAACGGACGUAAAGCCUUCGGAAGCCUCGGAUACGAAGAUAAAACUUUACGGAAUGGGAAACGAGCCACCUUCUCCGGGGGAAGCAAAUUCAGCGGAGGAAACAUCUUGCGAAACGGAAGACAUGGACGACAAAUUAACAAACGAUAAACCAAAAAGAAAAAAGACUGUACACUGA